AUGAUCGGUCGCCUUCAUCGGCUACGUUUCUGGAGAGACAUUCAAGCCCCACUUGCUAUGUAUGAGCGGCGGAAUGGUCAAUCGAGAUCUAAAAGCCUAUCUCAACGCCCUGUUUUGCAACACAAAUGGUCUGGGAAGCAGUGUUCGGUAUUGAUCGGUGCUUUCGUUACUACAACAACCCUGUGGUUGGGCUACAAACCUAGGGAUUCCCAACUUAAAGCUCAUUCUCGUGAAUUCAUCGGCUCUGGUUAUGGGACCGUUCAUGACUAUGAAAAUGCAACAUCUGAGAUACGAAAAGCUCUCAAUGAAGAAGCUGUCAGCACAGCUGAAGAAACGCGUAAAGCACAUGGGAAUACCGCAAGGUCAUCCCACGAAACUUCUCAAUUACCAACUGCUGUAGUGUAUCCUAAAACUACCGAGGAUGUGUGUACUAUUGCUAGAAUAUGCCAGAAAAAUAAAGUUCCCAUGGUUGCGUACUCCGGUGGUUCUUCAACAGAAGGCCAUUGCUCGCUACCGUACGGAGGCAUCACCAUCAACUUCACCCGUAUGGAUCGGAUACUGGAUCUCCAUGGAGACGAUAUGGACGUGGUCGUCCAGCCAGGUGUGAACUGGAUGGAUCUUAACAAUAAGAUCAAAGACAGCGGCCUUUUCUUUCCUAUAGACCCAGGUCCGACCGCCAUGAUAGGCGGCAUGGUUGCAACAAACUGCUCUGGAACACAUGCGGUUCGGUACGGAACCAUGAAGGACUGGGUGAUUAAUUUGACUGUGGUGCUCGCGGACGGCACAGUCAUCAAAACAAGGCGUCGUCCACGGAAAUCCAGCGCUGGAUACAAUCUCACUACGUUGUUCGUAGGCUCCGAAGGCACCCUAGGCAUGGUGACAGAAGCCACACUGAAAUUGGCAGUCAUACCACAAGUAACAUCCGUCGCAGUCACAACGUUCCCAACAAUUCAUGAUGCAGCGAAAGCGGCAAUCAGAAUUAUGCGGGCUGGUGUACCUGUCGGCGCAAUGGAGAUCAUGGAUGAAGUCCAAAUGUCAAUCAUCAAUCGGGCAUGCAAAAAGGGGCAUCAGUGGAAAGAAGCGCCAACAAUUUUCUUCAAGUUUACUGGUACUCAUGCCGGGGUGAAAGACGAUGCUAACAUUGUCGAGUCCUUAUCUAGAGCAAGCAAAGGUAGGGACUUUGAAUUCGCCAGAACGCCUGAAGAGGCGGUAGCACUCUGGUCAGCGCGAAAGGAAGCGUUGUGGAGUAUGCUUAGGUUGCUUAAGGACAACCAAAGAUUCUGGGGCACAGACGUCGCAGUCCCACUGUCAAGGCUGCCAGAUAUCAUCGAGGUCUCUAAGCAAGAUAUGGACCGAUUAGGUCUUUUUGCAUCUAUUUUAGGUCAUGUGGGUGACGGUAAUUUCCAUGCGAAUAUAAUCUAUGACGAUUGCAGUCAGGAGGAUAGAGCUAAGCUCGAGAAAAGUAUGCAAGAUAUGAUAGAUCGAGCACUGGGUAUGGAGGGCACCUGUAGUGGUGAGCAUGGUGUUGGCCUGAAGAAAAAAGCGUACCUGAAGCAGGAACUCGAUGUUGAGACAAUCAACAUCAUGAAGCGAAUCAAGAUGGCGCUAGAUCCUCAGUGGUUGAUGAAUCCUGGUAAAGUAUUCGACCAACACACCAUAGAUACGAAGGAGCCCAAACAAGAAAGUCACACCUCCAAGGCCGAAAAUAAAACCUUUCAGGGUAGCUGA